AUGGAUGACGAUCCAAAUAUCUAUCCAUUCAUUACCCUACAGGUAGUCGACCUGGUUCUGUUGUGUAGUGCCGUUGUCAUCUCUCUCGCCGGCGUCUACUUUGCCUUUAGAGACCUCCCCCGUCAUGCUACUGCCGCUGCAGAGAUAAAGGUUCGCCCGAGGGCGACCGCGUUGUCGACUUCUCUUCUUCUGGUCCUAGGUAUUGUCCCAUGGGUAUUGAUCUCACCAAAUGAGUUUGCACAUCAGCCGAGCCCACGACUCCAGGCCAUGAAGUAUAUCAGUGCCCUCAUUGGUGUUUUGAACUCUAUGGUUGCCUUUCUGGUCCUAAGCUUCCUCAUACGCCUCGUAGAUUUCGUCCACAGGCCAGCUGCCGAUGCCUCGUCCAGCUCAGACUCUCCCCAAAACGUUUCCAAUCAAUUGAUCAAAGGCCUUGGUCUCGCUGUGGCUCUCGCCCUCACCAAUGCUGUUUUAAUUAUAUUCGUCUUGCCAAACGAUGGACCAUUGGGAAUAAGAGAUUGGACUGCCGCCGACACCGUGGUUUUGGUUCUUUCACUCAUCAUCCAUUUGAUAUAUUUGGUCAUAACCAUAGUCGUUCUGGUCAGGACAAGGAGAACGACAUCUCGUGGGCCACUCCUCGCCGUGGCUAUUGUGUUGCCUCUCCGUUACAUCUAUGCUUUCCUCUCACCGUUCGUUAUGUUCGGCGCUGGCAGGCUCUUAAGUAGUCGCGUACUCUUCAAAUUUAUCACCGUUUGGGGUAUCGUAGGGGUUAUGUUGGUACAAUGCACCGAGGCUAUCAUUGUCUUAGUCCUCAUCAAGGUUUUGAUCUACCACUUGGCAAACUCCAAUGUCAGAGAGGAGCAUGAGGAUCCAGCGAGAAGACCGCUCCUGAGCUCGGAAAGUGGGCAGUCGGCCGGCACGUUCAACGCACCGUCCGAGUGA